AAUACACACACGGACCGCUGCAGACACGACCCGUUGAUAUGGGCUGCACAAUUAAUAACGCAAUUAUUUGUAUUUUAUUAUCGCUAUGGACGUUAACGUGCCCGUCACUACAGUUUUUUUGCGGCUAUUACCUCAGUAAGUAUGGAAAUCAUUCGGCAUUUUCACACAAUUAUAACUAUCGAUAUUAUUGUUCCCACAUAUAGCACAGACCCGGCGAUUCACGGCGAUACGGUUUCGUAUAACACGAUUCCGCAUAUUAUUAUGCAUUUUCAUUCACGCGAUUAUUGCACCCAAAAAUAUGUUAUAGUUAGUACAUACAUUAAUGAAUAAACCAUAUUGGAGAAACGACGUAGGUGUAUGACAUAUAUUUCUACAUUCAUUGAUUUCUUUUAUACAUUUAUAUUUUUACUUCUUUUAUAAAAUUGCCAAAUCAACGACGCAACAUUGUGAUUCACUUAAUAUACUUGGAUUAAUAACAGUCUAUUAGAUUUAAUAAUUAUUAAUAAAAAGGAAAAUUUCAUUUUUUUUACAAGAAACAAAAAUAGAUCGAUAAUUGAUAUUUGGUAAAUUAUUAAAACAUUAAACAGUCUUUGGUUUUUAUUGAUAAAAAACAACUUAUCUUCUAGGUCACUAUAGUGAAAAUGUAUUACUUGAUAUUAAUAACUCAUAACGUUAAUGCACCAAAAAAAAGUUGUAAAUAGCAUAGGUUGAUUCGGUGCAAAAAAAAAUAUACGUCCGGAGGUAUUUGGUUCUUGCUCAGGGUAAACAUUUUUCUCUACGGAUGUAUAUUUAUUGAGAUACGUCCAGACGCAUUUGGUUAUUGCGCCGAACGCAGACUAAUAAAAAGGUUUUUGGUGUACAUACUUCAACAGAUUGAUUAGACGUAUCUAGUUGUUACACCAAUUUUCACUUGUUGAGGUUGCCGUUAUGACGGUCUGUGACGGAAAUCAGAUUAUUGAGGUAUUUGACGAAGAGAAAAUAUCUAUUCUUUUUUAUCCUGAUCAUGCCGGUGGGUGCGCCACAAUUGUAGAUGGAAAUUCGGGAAGGUCACAUGUAUAAUGUUAUUUAACUUGUUAUACCUGUAAGCAUCGAUAAAUCAUUGCUAACGAACAACGAUUCUGAGCGCGGUUUGUAUGCGUGAGCGUGGUUUUAAAGGUCGUAAUGUUUACGAUUUGACGAUAGAAUGUAUAUAAUACGUCUCUAUUUGACUAUUAAUUAAUUUCGUUUCGGUGUUUAAGUAUUUAAAGAAAAUACAUUUUGUAAUUUUCGAUAAAUCGAUUCGAAUAUUAUCCAAUAGCAUAAAUUGAAUUUCAAAUUUUCCGACAUUCAAUACGUUAUUUAUGUUUAUUGAAUAUAAAAAAAGAUUCCAAUAACAAUAACGAAAAAUUCACCUUAUUAAAAACGAUAUUGUAUUGUUCGUUUAUAUUUUUAUAUUUUCAUUAUUUAUUACGGUAUUAGCUGUCCCGUCCGGCGUUGCACCUGCCAAUUUUUUUAUUAUUAUUUUUACCAUUAUUCUUUUUUGGUUUUAACCGUGUCAGUAUUUAAUAAAAACAAAUAGGUCCUGGAAAGUGGAUAGUCCCCUUCGGCGGACUAUAAGUGUUCUUAUAAGUGUUGUGUCUUUUUUUCAUGAUUUUCAUACGAAAAACAUCGAAACUUCGAAUUUUUUUAUUUUUUUUUUAGUGGAGGGGGGGGGGGUUGGGGUUGGUGGAUUUCAAAGGAAAUUAAGCCUUAAAGCUAACCUAUCGGGGAGUGGGUACGUUCGACAGCGGUAAAGCGCAUGUACCGUACCAUAGCUAGUCGUCGCUCGCACGAACGGUGUUCGUUUUAUACCACUGUGUGCGUAUUUGCCGACAAUUUAUAUUAAUGUAAAAUUAAUAACUCAACUGUUAAUCUUUAUGUAUAAAAAUUGAUUUUGUCUGUGACGCCAUAACUUGAAUACCAUCCGAAUUUCCAACUUUUCCGGUAGAUUUUCCAAAAAUGUUCUUUCAUAAAAAUCGUAUCCCGACAAUUAAGAAUACACACACAAAAAAAAAAAAAAAAUCUGGCAUAUCGGUCCGUCCGUUUUCAUGUUAUGGCGUCGGAAACAAAAUUUCGACUUAUUAGCUUUCUCUGUGAUAUACUCUAUCAUUUAAAAAAAAAAAAUAAGAUUAGACGAGCAGUUUCGGAGUCAACCUAAAAUUUCCAUUUUCGUUUUUAUAUGUUAUGUAAAUAAUAAUAUUAUGUAUUUAUUGUUUUUAGAUCUUUUAAGAAACUCCCAACCGUCGUAUCAGCCUUCACCCUUACCGUCGUCCUUACCUUCGCCUAUCACUACGGGUCCGCCUAUCACAUUUGAAGUGCCCGCAGGACAAGCGGAAGAAUUGAGAAAAAGUAUUGGAUUGUUAUUAUCACCAUUAAUUACCAAAUUAUAUUAUUUAUAUAGAAUACGCUCUAUUAAUAAUAAUCAUGAUUUUUCUCCCAAAUGUUCCUUAAUUGUUUUUUUUUUCAUGAUACUUAAAAUUUGUACAAAUAAAAAAAAAAUUUAAAUAUUAUUCCAACUAAUAUAGAACUUCGAACACCACGUCGAUGACUGUAUACUACUACUAUAGUCGAAAUAACCAUACACAGUAUAGAAGCUCGAUUAUCCGGAGUAUUUAGGUGGAGACAGGUGACACGGAUGAAUGAAAACCGCGGUUAAUCGAGAUUUUUUUAUGUAACGAAUUGCAAUAGUAUACGAUGUUAUAUCUUUUACGCAUACAUCAUACACGUGUACGAUGACACGUUAUAAAUUUAUCGAGGGUUUGAACAGUCUUGGUUAAUCAAGUUCUAAAAUGAUUAUCCUCAUUUCGCUUCUAAUUUUUCUUAAAUUCUUGACACCAUGGAAGUCGAAAGUUUUUCCCGGCGCGUCUUUGCCUUUACUUUUGUUUACACGGAUAUUCGGAAGAUUGAGCACGGUUAACCGAGACACGGUGUCACGGUUAAUGUAUUGAGUUUCUAAUGCAAUGUAUAUAACUAUUAUUAAUUGUAUUUAUUUAAUUCAUACGGACGUAGAGUUCAAUAACAACUUCUAUUUCGUAAUUAUAACAAUAUAUACCACUUAAAUUAUCGUUUUAAUUGAUAUUAAAUAUAUAUAUAUAUUUUUUUUUUUUCAGGAAUCGAGCAAAAUCCUCAACUUUUAAACGAUUAUAUCUCGGCAAACGGUAAUCGACCUUUAGGGACGACAAGUCGACAAAACAGCGGUAUAGUUACACAUAAUAAUAUUCUAAAAACAAAUUUGUUAGAAUCAUAAACACGUUAACCUAUUUGAAAUGCAAACAAAGCUUGGAAACUUAGAGGAUACUAUGGCAUCGUAAUAAAAAAUGAUCGUAUUUUUAUUAUUAUAUUACGUAUUAUCGUAUUAUCAUUACUAAAACAAACAACAACAAAAAAAAAAAAACCAAGUAUAGUUAUUACAAACAUUUAACGCCUCCGACCGGGUUUAUUUGUUUUUAACCCGUGUGGAACUAACGGCUCUGACCUUUUUACGCGCCCUAUAAUAUUAUAAACAAAACGGCUGAAAUUACUUGUUCCGCAUUGUACUAUAGUAUCUUAUUAGCUAUGUCGAAUACACCCGGUCGUAAUAGCAAGACCCCCGAAUAAAUAAUACAAUUGUUGUUGUUUAUACGUUUUAAAAAUGACAAAUUAUUAUCAUCAAAGUUUUAUUAAACACUUCUGAACAUUUUUUAACGUGUACAUAUUUUGUGUUUAUCGAUAUUUAUGGGGGGGGGUGUAGGAAUUUCAUAAUUGUAUCUGUUUGUCGUCGUGAAACUUGUCCAGUGAAAAUAAUCAUAAAAACGCGCUCCGAAAAUGCGCUUGUCUCCUAAAAUGAUAGCUACAUUUAAUAAUUUCAAAUCUAAUUGUCUCGGGGUUACGACGACAAGAUAAUUCAUCGUUGUCUUUUAUUAUUAUAUUUUUUUUUUUUGCCAUCUGACAGAUUAUUUUCUCGAAUCCUGUGAGAUUAGUGGAUGAAAAAUAUUAUAAAAGAAAUGCUGACCCAAAAAUUAUGAAAAUAUACAUUAUCAUGAUAACCACGUUUUUCACCCGACGACAUUGAUCGGAUAAUUUAAUAAAUCGUUCGUGGUUUGUAUUUAGUCAAUUUAAAUUCUAUUAUAAUAAUAUGAUUGUACGACCGCGAUAAGUACGAAUGGGUCGUGUGGUUGACAUUUUUUUUUUUAAUGCAUUAUAAACCGUGGAGCUCUUUACAUAAUGUUAUAUUAAAAAAGACGUCUUAGGAUAAUGGGGCCGGGUUUAGUCACUGUUAUAGGUAAUUUAAUGUUUACCUGUAAGUAACGAUAUAAACCAUUGAUUAGUUCAGUUGAUAGUGAUGCUUAUUAUAUGUUUUAUUUUAUAAUAUUUGUUUAAUGUUGCAUCGAUUUUCUCGGUUUUCCUAGUUUUUUACUUUACUGAGAAAACUCCAAGGAAAAUAGAAAAACGACCUCUUUAAAGUACUUCUCCACUGAAAUUUCCUUUCAGAAACAUUGCUCCGACAAAUGUUGGAGCAAAAUUGCUGGUAGAAAAGUUGUCCACAGAAAAAAAAUUCGUAAUAUUAUAUUCAUUAUACUUAAUAAAUUUUCUCGUUUUUUUGGUUUUUUGCAUUUGAAAAGAAAACUCUUGAGGAAAUUGAAAAAUGACCUAUUUAAGAUACCUCACCACAUUGAUUUCCUUUCAGAAAAGUUGCUAUACAUGAAAAUCGGAGUAAGUCCUCAUGUAGUAAAGUUGUCCAUAGAAAAAAAAAAAUAAACAUAUUUGUAAAACCUUAAGCUUCUUCGUUUCACUCAGAAUCUAAAAAAAGAAAAUUAACAGGCAAGAUCAUAAUAUAAAGAGUAAUUUAAUUUAUAUUUGUAUCAUGUAUAUUGUACGACAAUUAACGUAUUGCUAACGAAAAACGUAUCUGAGCAGUGUAUUAUCAGUCUUUUUCCUCGCUUUUCGCCUAGGUAACAGAAAUCGACAAAAAUUAUACGAAAAAUAGCCAAUAAUAUUUCCCAUCCGUUAAGAAAACUACAAGGAAAAUCGAACGCCUCAAUAAGUCAACUAGAUAUAAUAAAUCCUUAUGCGGUUUUUGAUCUGAACGAGAUUUCUGGUAAAAAAUUUGUUUACAGCUACAAAAAAAAAAAAAGAAGAAACCAAACACAUCAUAGGAAAAACGAAUACAUGGAAUGUAGGAAUGUUCCUCACUUUGUUCAAAAGAAUUUAUAAAACAUAUUUAAUUGUAAUACCUGUCUGUUUAUAUUUUUUCAGUAAUUCCCUCGACCGGUUUACCGCUCAGUUCUUACCAAAGUCCUCAGGUGUACAGUCCUCGACCCGGAACCACAGCGGGACUGCCGCGAGAAACGAUAAUCAACGGUCAACCGUUCUAUUUGACUACGAGAGCUGAAAUUUUAUGUAAAAAAAAAAUGAAUCUUCUGAGAGGAACUCCUUCAACUGUGGUUUCGAAUGCCGGACCCGUGCCGAUACCGUACUUUCACCCGGUUAUAGAAACUCAUCGUCAAGACGUACCGGUAAAUUCGCCGAUCAUAAAAAUAUCGGAGAGUCCUGAGGAAUCGGCUGAAGAAUCCGAAGAAGAAGAAGAGGAGGAGGAAGAGGAAGAGGAAGACGAAGACAACGAAGAAGGAAAAAAUGACGGUGACACUGAAAGUGAAGAAGAUGAAGAUGAUGAAGAAGAAGAAGAACCGAAAGCAUCGAGAAAUAUUAGGAAUAAGAAAACCACGGAAAAAAAGAAAACGUCGCCGAAGAAGAAAACGCUGGCAAAAAAGAAAACACCGUCGAAAAAGAAAUCGCCGCCGAAGAAAAAAACGCCGGCGAAAAAAAAGAAGGAUACCGAAGUUAACGGCGAGAACAAUGGCGAAACGUUAAACGACAGUAAUGAAAAAGAAAAUAGAAAAAAAAAACUAAAAGUGCGGAAAAGAGACGCGACGGAGAGCACGGGACAAAGUGACGGCGAGGACGAGGACGAAAAAUCGAAUAAGAAAAAGAAAAAAGGAAACGCCAAAAAAAAGCGUACGGCCUAAAUGUUUACGAUCCGCGGUCCGGGAUAUGUUUUAAUCGAUUUUAAAAAAAUCACAUUACUGUACACCAACUACCUAUAUAAUAUAUACGUCACUGCGCACGUUCUCGGAGCGUGUUGAAGAAUUUUUUUUUUAUUGAAUUUUUACAAUAAUGUUUUUCUUUAUCGCUAUUUAUUAGACAAAAAAAAUAAAAAAAUAGAAAAAUGUUAA